AGGGGUGGAGUGGCAAGGAGGUCUCUCCUCCCCUAUGAUGGCAGCUGCCUCGUGUGGCCUGGAGGGAGGCAUCAGUCAGCCUAGCAGACCAGACCUCCUCCUUCCACCUUCCCGAGGAGGAGGAGGAUCCGGGCCCCAGCUCCGCCUCUCCGCAGAUCUCUCCGCCGCAUUCAUUCGCCUCUGUGCAGCCGGGAGCCUGGAGGAGCCUAGCCAGGGGGAGGGGAGGCUGCUUUGCUGGGCUCGGUGUUGCCGCUGGGUGAUCCAGCCUGCUCCCGGGCUGCGAGCGCGAGAGGAGCCCUCCCCUCCCUCCCUCCGAGCUCCCCGCGUUGCAGCAGCCAGAUCCCCCCACCACCGGCACUUCGGAUCAUCUCCGCUCCUCCGUUCUUCCCAUCCCCGGAUCCGGACACAUGGAACUGCUGUGCGUGGAGGGGGUGAUCCGGGCCAAGCGGGAUCCGCAGCUGCUAAGGGAUCGCCGGGUCCUACAGAACCUCCUGAGUCAGGAAGAGCGCUACAGCCCCCGGGUCUCCUAUUUCCAGUGCGUGCAGAAGGAGAUCCAGCCCUACAUGCGGAAGAUGUUGGCUUUUUGGAUGUUGGAGGUUUGUGAGGAACAGAAGUGCGAAGAAGAGGUUUUCCCCUUGGCCAUGAAUUAUGUGGAUCGUUACCUGUCCUGUGUCCCUACCCGCAAAAACCACUUGCAGCUUCUCGGGGCUGUGUGUAUGCUCCUGGCCUCCAAGCUGCGAGAAACCAUGCCUUUAACAGUGGAGAAACUCUGCAUUUACACAGACAAUUCCAUCACCCCACGUGAAGUUUUGGACUGGGAGUUUUUAGUCCUCGAGAAGCUAAAGUGGGACCUAGUGUCAGUGAUAGCCAAUGACUUCUUGGAUCAUAUUCUCCAACGGCUCUCACUUCCCCAGCAGAAGGUGGACUUGGUGAAGAAGCAUGCACAGACGUUCAUUGCAUUGUGUGCUACAGAUUACACAUUUGCUAUGUAUCCCCCAUCCAUGAUUGCUACUGGAAGCAUUGGAGCAGCAGUCCAUGGCCUCUCUACCUCAUCCGAUGAUUUUUCUGGCGAGGAGCUCACGGAACUGCUUGCUAGCAUUACUGGCACAGAGGUGGACUGCCUGAAAGCUUGUCAGGAGCAGAUUGAGGUUGCCUUAGCAGAGAACCUGAAACAGACCUCACAGACUCGGCAAGAGUACAGCCCCUCCAAGGAUGCCGCUUACCCUGACAGCCAGGAUGUCAGCCUGACCAGCACACCUACGGAUGUCACAGACAUCAACCUGUGACCAGCCCCUCCCUCUAAUCACCCAGCUCCCAGCAAGUAGAACUUAACGCAGGAAAAGAAGCCUCCCGGAACAUUCUGCCUGUGCAAUGUGAUCACUGAAGAAGAAGGGGAGUGGGAGAAAAUGACCCCAUGAGCAUAACCUUUGGGUCUUGGAGGAAUGGCGUGGGAGGGACUCCAAAAGGGAACAGGCCCCUUGCAGUUGGACUGUUUCUGCCUUGCUAGCCUGGUUUUUCAAAGGAUCGGGGGACCUUCCUGUGGUGUUUUGAGCCAUGCUUGCACUCGGGAAGGAUAGGUGAGCUUAGCGUCAGUUCAAAAGUUCUUCAGUUUGGGUUUGCUUUGUUGGAGGACGCGCUGCUGAUCACUGCUGUUUUGUCCCAAUCUUUGCUGCAUGCCUGUUGCAUGUGUGUCGAGAGAGAAAACGCACUUUUGUUAUAUAGACCGCCUUCACCUUAACAUGAGGAAGUUGAAACAUGGACCUGAGACGUCCUUGGCUGAAGCCGCUCUGCUCAUGCAGCCAUGUGUGGGCACCUGGGAGAGAGAGAGACCAGGCUAUAUUUAAAGUCCAGAACUGGAAUCUCUUUACCAGUCCCAAGGAAGUCUUAGCUCUCCUUUGAUUAUUAAUAGCAGCACAAUCCAUUAACCCUUCAGAGUCUUUUAGCCCGUUCAGGACAAAUCAGUGGGUUUUGGCUCGCUUUUUGUAGGUGCUUGUCAAGUGCUGCUUUCCAUAUGAAACAUUGGGGGUUGGGGAGAAUCCCCUCUUCACUAGAUACCCAAGGGGGGAAUUUCUACUUGCUGCACCAGUUGCCUUCUCUUACUCCUGUGAGACCAGAGUUACUUUUAUUUAUUGUAAGGAUCAAACCUUACAAAGCCACAGAGCACGAUCAGCUCAGUAGGGUAUGUUGUCCUGAUUCAUCCCUUUUGCCAUAUAACAGAGUGCCUUAAUGUCCUUCCUCGUCCUCCUUCAUGCCUCUGGGCUGCUUACUUUGAUAGUGUCAAGGUCAUUCCCAAUCAGAGUACACCCAACAAGUGCUGCUAUACUUGUAUGUACAAAUCCCUCCUGUCUUCACUGCCAAAAAAGAAAUACAAAAGGGCAGGAGAGCUACAUGCAAGGGGUGGGUGAUGGAGGAGAAGGAAGUCCAGCUAGACGGAAUAUAUUCUGAGCAAGUAAUAAGGGGGUUAAGAGUGAUCUCUUUCCCCUAAAGAGUUUACAAUAUAAUGAGCUGCAGACUGCACUGGACGAGAGAGUUGUAUUGUUCUUGUGUG